AUGUUUUUUCUGGUGGGGAGAAUAGGUUGGGGCAAACAACGCCUUUCUUUCAAAAUGAUGUUAUUUAGAUUUUAUUUGACGGUUGCACUAUUCGAUGUCGUCAUACUACGAAAUUUGGCGAUACAUUUAUUUGAUCUCGGGCCCCAAAUCCAUCAUUAUAUGAAUCACCGCGAACAGAAAGCUGGCCUUCUAGCUCGUCAUCAAAGCUCAGGACAUGAUCGCGAGUUUGGCGGCGGAGUGUCGCAUCACUCCUAG